AUGUCAAAGGGCAGUGACAGUCAGAAUGGGCAUGAAGAUCAAGUGAAUCUCAGUGAGUGCACUAGUCCCUCCAACAAUAGUUAUGAAGAUGGAAGCAGAAGCACACCAAGCAACUUGCCUAAGGCUGCUACUAGGCAAAGAAAGAAGAAACCAUCUGAGUCUGAGGAUGAAGAAUUUGUUGCUGAGGAGGAGGUGACCUCCAAGAAAUGGUUGCUCAAGAAAGGGCAAGCUGCUGCUGCUGCCACCAAGCCUGGUAUGAAGAAGAAAGCUCCUGCUAAGAGGAAGCCUAUGUCAAAGUUGGAAAAGCACUCUUCUGAUGAGGAAGAAGAGGAGGAAGAGCCAGCUGCACCAUCUCCAAAGACACAAAAGCUCAUGGGGGAUGCUAUAAGUUCAGGGGCUGCUCCAUCUAAGCCCAAGUCUGCCCCCAAGCCUACAACUCAAGCUCAAGCUUCAAAACCUUCUACACCCAAGAGAUCCACCAGAAACAUUUCUGCUGCGAAGAAGAACAAGGCCCCAGUGCCUGAAGUUCAAGAAGAGGAUGAAGAGCCACAAGGUCUACUUGCAAAGAUGUCAAAGGCUAGUGAUAGCCAGAACAGGUCAGAGGAGCAGGUUAACCUUAGUGAGGACUCUAGCCCAAGUAGUAGCUAUGAUGAUGGUAGUAGAAGCACCCCCAGCAACCUGCCCAAAGCUUCUACUAGACAGAGAAAGAAGAGGAAUUCUGAUAGUGAGGAUGAAGACUUUGUUGCAGAUGAGGCUACCUCAAAGAAGAGAGUGAUGAAGAAAGAGUAUGUUGCUGCUGCUAACAAGCCUGGUCUCAAGCAAAAACAACAUGCCAGGAGAAUUUCCAAUGUCAAAGCCUAG